GUGACUGCGAAGACAGUGACAGUGUCAUGGAACAAUCUGUACCUGAAGCAAACGCAGACGAUCGAAUUGUACUCUACAAAAGUGUAGAGAACAAAUAAUUUAAUUUUAAAUUUUUACUUUAAAUUCUGUUGAUUUUAGUUUGCCUUCUGGAAUAAGUCUUUCGACUGCAUGAAGAGGUUAUGUUUACGUAGCAGUCAGAUAACACAAUAAAAUAGACUGAUUAAUUUUAUUACUUUAUUAUCAAAUGUAAUAAAUAUUGUAACGAUUAACAAUGAGACAGAUAGUGACUGCUCUGGAAAAAUCAUUAGAAGCUCAAUCCAGACCAAACAAUAUCUUAAGCUUGCCUCCUUAUUUAAGCUGGCUUCACAGUGUUGCUGUGGGAUUCUCCCUGAAAGGGGAUCAGGUUUCAGUAUUAUUCAAGCCGGAAGAUUUCUAUACAACACUGUUGGACCGAUGCCGCAAUGCCAAGACAAGGGUGGCCCUUACGUCCCUUUACCUUGGCACAGGACCUAUGGAAGAGCAGUUGGUGAAUACUCUUGACGUCAGACUAAAGGAGAGGGGUAAGGAACUCAACGUCAACAUUCUACUGGACGCGAUGAGAAGUUCCAGAGGAGCGACAAACUCUCGGACGAUGUUGUUGCCGUUGCUACGCUCACACCCACACUGCCAGGUUUCGCUGUUCCACACACCUAAGUUGCGCGGCUUAUUGCGCUACAUCCUCCCCCCACGAUACAACGAGCUUGUUGGACUACAACACAUGAAACUUUAUUUGUUCGACAACGACAUCAUCAUCAGUGGAGCCAAUCUCAGUCAUGAUUACUUCACCAACCGUCAAGACAGAUACAUUGUUAUUUCCGAGUGUCGGCCACUCGCAGACUUCUACUUCGGCUUGGUUGAGCGGCUUAGUGCAGUUUCUUUGACGUUAGACGAACAAAACACGCUGACGCCACGAAACCCUCAACUACAUCCAUACCAGUCGCCUCUGGAGGUUUAUGAGUCGGAGGCAAGGGACACUGUGUGGGGUUAUUACCUGCAAACUAUAGACAAAGCAGCAGCUGGAAAACUUACAAAUCAACAUGAUGAGGCAGCGGACACGUGGGUGUUUCCACUGCUAGGACUGCCACCCCUGUCUGUGACUCAGGAUAGCACUGUGACUAGACAGCUUCUACAGGCUGUGGAGGAAGGUGCCAAAGUCAACCUGGCUACAGGAUAUUUCAACCUGACUGAUGACUACAUCAAUACAAUCCUGAAUAAGAGCAAAGCCUGUUACCAUCUCCUGAUGGCUCAUCCGACAGCAAAUGGGUUCCUCUCAGCGGCUGGGCUAGCGGGAGGCAUCCCCGGGGCGUACACUCAGUUUGCCAAGCUGUUCCUGCGCGGCGCACACUCCUCGGGACAGACUCAUCGUGUGUCUCUGUCCGAGUACCAGCGACCGGGCUGGACCUACCACGCCAAGGGGUUGUGGAUCACGCCACCCGGGGAAGACACUCCUCACUGCACCCUCAUUGGGUCUUCCAACUUUGGAGCAAGAUCUGUGAAGAGAGAUCUGGAAAACCAAAUGGCAAUAUUUACCACAAACGAGACGCUACGAGAAACAUUACGCAGUGAGCAAGAUCAGCUGUACCAGCUUGGGACUCCCUUCUCACUGGACAUCGCCAUGCUUCCAGAGAGAAGGCCAGCCCUCUGGGUUCUCGCGUUCAUAUGGUUCUUCAAGUCUUACUUCUGAGUAUUAUACUUGUUACGACUGUGUAAGUGUUUGUUCCUUAUAUUAAAUGUUAUUUUAAAAAGUGUU